AUGGGAAAACCUAGACCGCAAAAGAAGAAGUCCUCAAAGCCCCGCGAAAAGUCCGUCCUCGGCCCUGGUGGCUCGAUUUCAAAAGGCAAAAUGGCCCAAGAUCCCUCAACGCUUCUCGACCAAGCCACGAUUCUCCUCCAGACUGGACGGGCUGAUGAGGCGCUCAUCACGGCACAACAGGCACUCGAAUUGACCGCUGAAAAUACACCCGCACAGCUCCCCGCCAUCAACUUGCUCGGAGAAAUCAACGUCGAGCUUGGCGAUAUCGACACUGCUAGAAACUGUUUCCUGCAAGCUGUUCAGUUGGAUCAGAAUGGCUCGAUACCGGAAUCUGAAGGAGGUGGUGCCGAGAAGUUCCUUUGGCUUGCGCAAUUGAGUGAGCAGGGUGGGAAAGACAGUGUCCUGUGGUUCGAAAUGGGCGUGUCGUCCCUCAGGCAGACUAUUCAGAGUCUCGAGGGUAAGACAUCACCAGCUGAGGUUGCGGAUCUUGAACAGAAGAAAGCCAAGAUGUCCAACGCUCUCUGUGCUGUUGCUGAAACCUACAUGACCGAUCUUUCUUGGGAGGAGGACGCCGAAGCUCGUUGCGAAGCACUCAUUACAGAAGCUCUUCUGAUUACACCCGAAGCACCAGAGGUGCUACAGACUCUCGCCUCUAUCCGGAUAUCACAGCUUCGAACUGAGGAUGCGCAAGCCGCGCUUACUCGCAGUAUGGCGCUAUGGAAGGACCUGGCCCCGGAGGACCCCAAGGUCCCUGAUUUCGCAUUGCGCAUCAGUCUUGCACGACUCCUCAUGGAGGUUACUAUGGAGUUUGAGGCUCUGGAAGUCCUCGAGCGUCUAAUUCUGGAGGAUGAUCAGAGUGUGGAGGCGUACUACCUUGGAGGCUGGUGUCUCUUCCUGCUGGCAGAAAAUCAACAGGCACCGAAGGAUGCGACCCCUGAGGAACUUGCUGAGUCUCCCCGCCAUGCAUCGCUCGCUGCGAGUCGCGAGUGGCUUAAGCAAGCCUUGAAACUCUACGACCUACUUCAGUACGAGGACGACCGACUCCGCGACCAUGCCUUGGAACUUGUACAAGAGAUGAACAAGGAAAUUGGUGAGGACGACGAUGACAGUGAAGCCGAAGGCGAAGGAGAAGGCGAGGAGUCGGAUGAGGAGAUCGAAAUCGACUCCGACGACGAGAUGGCGGAUUCUUAG